AUGGAUGGCAGAAGAGAAUCAAAGAAAGAUUCGAAAAAGGGCUUCAAGAAUAUGCUUUCGCUACGCAAGAAAGAUGUAAGUGGGGGAGGUAGUGGGGCUGCUGAGACGUACUCGGUAGAUCCCUCCACAUCAUCGCGUUACAACAGAGGCCGGGAGUCAAGUGCCGGUCCCACUGCUUAUGCUGGAACCCUGGGUCCUAACGGAGCACCCCGACUCUCGCAAGAUAGCAGUCUCAACCACUUAACUCCAGAGAAGAUUGAUGAGCUUUUUGAAUCAAUGCUGGAAGAUAUGAACUUGUCAGCGGAGAAACGUGCUCCUCUUCUCGUCAAACCUCUCGAGUUUAAGUUGAGUAUGCUAGCAUCAUCGAAUUAUGGAAUAACAAAGACAAUUGCCAGCCCUGUGCAGUAUUGCAAGGACCUGCGUAAUGCUAGACUCUUUAACGAAAAGGAGGUUUCCAAGACCCUUGAGUCCCUUAGAAUCGCUCUUUCGAAUGGUCGGGUUAGUUGGGUGAAGGAGUUUAAUAACACCGAAAAUGACGGAUUGAAUCUUUUACUUGAAUUUCUUGCUCCCACUCAAAGCACAACAGUCACCUAUUUGAGCUUGAAAUGCAUUCGAGCUCUGGGAAACUGUGGCUACGGUUUGUAUGCUUUGGUUGAUCAUGAGACCGCAUCGACUUUUAUCGCACGAUGCCUAAAUAUCCAUGAAAUUCCUUUGAUGGAGUGUGCUCUCGAGCUACUGUCAACAAUGGCGAUGUGCAGUCUAAAGGGCCAUCAAAAGGUUUUGGAAGGCUUGACAUUUAUUGCCGAGUUCACUGCUAAUCACCCACCUCGUUUUGAACCUCUAAUUAAUGGCUUGGCUGUUCCUGAGCUUGCCUGCGCUUGUUUGCAGUUGAUCAACGUCCUCGUCUCCGCUCGAUUUUUGUCAGAGGAGACUGUCGAACUUGACUAUCGCAUACACCUACGACUAGAACUCGGUAAACUGGGGCUAUCACAGCGCUUGUGUGAAUUGGAAAAAUCGGCUGAUCCUAACGUUUCAAAUCAUGUGGCCAUUUAUCGGGGCUUUUCAGACACAGACACAGACGAGCUGUUUGAACGCUUUGAGGUGGCUAAAGCCGAUCUUAAUGACCCGCGUCAAGUGUUUCAGCUACUUGAACGCUCGCUGGCCAACACACCGUCAGAAAAGUCAUUCCUCUCUAUUCUUCAACACCUAUUGUUUGUGCGAGAGGAACCCUACCGAGAACACUACUACAAUCUACUAAAUGAGCUUGUGAGUCAGGUUGUGCUACAAACUGAUGGUGUCGACAUUGACCCUUCGUUGGGUCUUCUGCGACUGGACAUUGAGGGUACUGUGAAUGCGUUGAUGGACGCUUACAAACAGUCAGAUGGUGGUAGCAGUGCCAAGGUUAGUGAACUGCAAAAGAAGCUUGAUCAGGCUUUGCAUGAGAAGCAGGAAGUCGAAGCGACAUUGGAACAGCUGCGAUUGAGGGUAGGGCUUGCUGAAGGAGGAAGUGGUGGGGCAUCAAGAAUCCCUCUACAAGCUUCAUCUGGAGCACCACCUGCGCCUCCUCCACCACCAGCGCCACCACCGCCUUCCAGUUCCAGCAGUCCCCCUCCGCCUCCACCCCCACCUCCACCUCCACCUCCACCACCACCACCGGGCAUUUCACGUCCCCCAGGGGCACCACCACCUCCUUCGGGUCUCAGCACGGCGCCUCCGCCUUUACCUUAUGGUAUGAAGGCGAAGCCGAUUUACAAGCCAAAGGUGCCAAUGAAAAAGGCAAAUUGGGAAAAGGUAAAUGAAAAAGACUUGGCUGAGGAUUCGGUUUGGGUGAAGAUGCAGGAAAACGAAUUGGCUUCAGACGAUCUGCUGCAAUCGCUUGCUGAUAACUUUAAUACGAAACCGCCGAAGAAAUUUACCGAGAACGAAGGUAUCGUUUGUGGUGCUGAGGAGAAUAGUGGAAGAAUCGGUGGAGCCGUGGGUGCUGCCUCUGCUCUUGCAAGAAAGGCGAAGCAAAUCAGGUGUCUGGAUGGCAAAUCAGCACAAGCGCUCUCCAUCCUCCUGGGGUCACUCAAAGUUCCCUAUGACGAGUUGCGCAGACGCAUUGUCGAAGUGGAUGAAGGCCUUUUAACUCCCAAUAUUGUGGAACAAUUGCUGAAGGCCUUACCAGAGCCGGAAGUGAUAAAACAAGUGGUUGACAUGACGGCCGACUAUAGUGAACUUGCCGAGCCCGAACAAUUCAUUUGCAAAGUGGGAACCAUAAAGAAGUUGAUUCCACGACUCAAGUCAAUCCUCUUUAAGAUGCGCUUUCAGGAGAAAGUUAAUGAUAUUGAACCUGAAAUCUUGGCUGUGAUUGAGGCACUGAAGGAGCUUAGACAAAGCAAGCACCUUGUGCGGGUAAUCGAACUUAUCCUUCUUUUCGGCAACUACCUUAACGCUGGAUCACGAAAUGCUCAAUCUGUCGGGUUUCACCUUUCCUUCCUACCGAAGCUGACUGACACUAAAGAUGUGGUUGGCAAAACGACACUCCUCCACUUUCUUAUUCGAGCCAUUGAAAAAAGGUUUCCAGACACUGUUCUGGGCCUCGAUGGUGACUUAACCUAUAUAGAGGGUGCUUCACAUUUUUCUGAAGAUGCAACUGGAGCCGCUAUUGCGGAGAUGAAGCGUUCAGCAACAGCCCUUGAAAAUGAUUUGCGAACCUACAAUAGUGAUGACUCAAAUGACAUAUACCCUACUGUGAUGAAGCAAUUUUUGGCAGAAGCUCAGCAGCAAAUUGAGGGGCUUGGGAACAUGUUUAAACGCAUGCAGGAACGCUUCAAGGACGUGGCAAGGUACUUUGCGUUCGACCCAACUAAGUACAAUAUGGAAAAUAUGUUCUCCGACCUGCAGAAAUUCAUUGCGGCCUACAAACAGGCAGCGGCGGAGAUUCAGCAACAGCGGGAGUUUGAGGAGAAGCAGAAGCGUCUGAUUGAAGAGAGGCAAAAACGUGAAGAGGAGAAAGCACGUCUGCGGGCAGCUGGUUUGAGUGGUAACGGUGUCACUCGGAAACCAACAGAAGAAGACGGAAACGUCAUCGAUACUCUCAUGGAAUCACUUAAGAGUGGUGCCGCCUUCGGCCCAGGCAGCUCAGGUGGUCAUCAAAGACGGGUGCGGAAUCGGCCUCCCCCGCCCGGUGCUAACAUGUCCCCUGCAGCCGUUGCCCUCCGUCAAAACCUUGUCCGACAACGAUCAAGGCGUUUUACUCGACCUGUGGACGUUUGA